UAAAUGUUGAAUUUGAGUUACUCCUUCCUCAGCACUUUAUCCCAGUCAAAUGACAGGCCACUUGGGGCAGCCAUAUCAAACUCCCUCUUUAAACCUCGCUCUGACAGAACCAGGAAGUGUUUUACAUCUCCCUAACUCGUCUGAGAAAAUGAAAAUGAUCUAAAUCUCUGUGUUGUCUGUGUAAGAGUGAACAAAAACCUUCCAAAUGGCUGUUCUACUAGACCAGGACCAGUUCUGUUGUUCUGUCUGUCUGGAUCUACUGACGGAUCCAGUAACAAUCCACUGUGGACACAGUUACUGUCUGAGCUGUAUUGAGGGCUGCUGGGAUCAGGAUGAUCUGAAAGGGGUCUAUAGCUGUCCCCAGUGCAGACAGACUUUCACUCCAAGGCCAACUCUGAGGAAAAAUAACAUGUUGGCUGAAGUGGUGGAGAAACUGAAGAAGACAGGACUCCAAACUACUUCUCCUGCUCUGUGCUCUGCUGAACCUGGAGAUGUGGUGUGUGAUUUCUGUGCUGGGACCAGGAAGCCGAAAGCCCUCAUGUCCUGUCUGGUGUGUCUGGCUUCUUACUGUGAGACUCACCUCCAACCUCACUAUGAAGUAGCUCCAUUAAAGAAACACAAGCUGAUCAAAGCCACCGCACAACUACAGGAGAAGAUCUGCUCUCAUCAUGACAAAUUGCUGGAGGUUUUCUGUCGUACUGAUCAGCAGUGUAUCUGUCUGCUGUGUGUGAUGGAUGAACAUAAAGGCCAUGAUACAGUGUCAGCUACAACAGAGAGGACUGAGAAACUGAGUCAGCUGGGGAUCAGACAGCAAAAGAUUCAACAGAGAGUCCAGGAGAGAGAGAAGGAGAUGAAGGAGGUCCAACAAGCUGUGGAGUCCCUCAAGCGCUCUGCAAAGACAGCAAUUGAGGACAGUGAGAUGGUCUUUACUGAGCUGAUCCGCUCCAUAGAGAGAAAACGCUCUGAGAUGAAGGAUCUGAUCAGAGCCCAAGAGAAGACUCAACUGAUUCAAGCUGAAGGACUCCUAGAGAAACUGAAGCAGGAGAUUGCUGAGCUGAAGAAGAGAAGCACUGAGCUGGAGAAGUUCUCACACACAGAAGAUCACAUCCAUUUCCUCAAGAGUUAUCAGUCUCUCUCCAGUAUCAGUGUGUCUUCUGACUUACCCAGCUUCAAUCUCCGUCCUCUUCAGUAUUUUGUAGAUGUGAGUAAGUUUGUCUCUGAUCUGAGAGAGAAACUAGAAGACUUCCUUAAAGCAGAAUGGACCAAGAUCUCCACUACAGUCAAUAUAGUGGAUUUUUUACUGCCUUCAGAGCCCAAGACCAGAGAACAGUUCUUACAAUAUUCCUGUCAGCUCACACUGGACCCAAACACAGUACAUAAACAACUCUCUCUGUCAGAAGGGAACAGAAAAGUGACUUCUACCCAUGAUGUCCAACCAUAUCCUGACCAUCCAGACAGAUUUACAAGCGAGGGCAUGGUUCUAUGUAGAGAGGGUCUGACUGGACGCUGUUACUGGGAGGUGGAGUGUAGUGGGAACUGGGUUUGUACGUCAGUCUCAUAUAAAGACAUUAGCAGAAAAGUUAAUGGUAAUGCAUUUGGAUACAAUAAAAAGUCCUGGGUUUUAGAGUUCUCUAGGGGUGGUUACUGUUUUAGACACAAUAAUGUUGAGACUAAAGUAUCAGGCCCUCAGUCCUCCAGAAUAGGAGUCUACCUGGAUUACAAGGCAGGUACUCUGUCCUUCUACAGUGUCUCUGACACAAUGACCCUCCUCCACAGAGUCCAGACCACAUUCACUCAGCCCCUCUAUCCUGGGUUUCGUCUUUGUAGGUAUUAUAAAACAGCGGAACUAUGCAAACUGUAGAUUGUGCCUAGAUAGAUAAAACACUAUGUAGAAUUCAGACAGUGGAAGUUUAACUGAAUAUAGUUCCACUAUACACUAGUUAAGACCAGACAAAGGCAACCUACUAGCUUUACAAGACAUUACAUUUUAUUGUUGUCAAGGCAACACCAUCUCAAUUAUCUCAUGUGUGGAAAUUUCCACCACAUCAAUAAACCUGGCCACCAGGUGAUGCUAUUGACCAAACUAUAGGGAAAUUGCAUUAUUUCUGGUACAUUGUUAACGCUUAGGUUGUUCUGUGGAUCAUGUUUUUUGCUAAGUAAAGAUUUUCCUUUUUUGUAUUAGGUGUCAUAACAACUCUUGCCUACCUACAUAAACUUCACAAAACAGCUUAUUUGCAUGUUGCCUGUUAGUAAAACAGCAACAAGCGCUUCAUUGAAUACUGGCAUUAGGCAAUCUCAAUUCAUUAUCAAGAUAACACCACUUGCAAAUUUUAUAAACUUUAGAUUAUUGGACAGCAUUUAAUAUCAUAUUGAAUAGUAUGUUAUCAAAACAAUGGAUCCUGCAACAUCCAAUAACACUGUGAAUGACCAAAACUAUGGUGGAUAUCCCGAAAGCUUAACCAAGGAAACCAAGGAACAAUUAAGGUUUUGGUUAGGUGAGAUUUGCAAGUACACAUCUGUUGAUUAUUCCAUUAUUGUUUGACAUAAACUAUCAAAGCGUUGUCUUAUCUUUUACCGUGACUGUCGUCUUACAGCAAUUCAAAGCUGUUACGACACCACGCCAAGUGUUGUCCAUUAGUAUCCCAUAGGCCCUCCAUAUAGAUAGCUUGUGUCAAGUUAAUGUUGUUGUGUAAAUAUGAAGUUUACCGAACCCUUGCAAUAUCAAGGUAAGACCUAGCAGCGUAAAACUGUCAUCAUUUAAUUUAUCGUUAGGAUUUAUAAUGCCACGUUUACAAGUUUAACUCAAAACACACAGUUGCAAAUCACAAUCAACUCCAAACAACUGAGUAAUUUGUAUACAUUUCAUUUUUGCAUAGUUUAUCAUAUAGGCCUAUUGAUUAAUCGUAGUUUAUUCUAAUAAAUAAAAGAAACUGGGAUAUUAUUUGUGUAUCAUGUUUUCAGAUGGUGGAUGAUAACCGUAUUUCAGUCAACAGUAGAAGUCUGUAGUAAUUAACUUGUAUAUUAUACCAUAUCAAACCUUUAAUACCAUUUAUGAGUGGAAAACCCUCUUUUGCUUAAUUGUUACAAGAACUCUUGUUAUUAUUAUACCUUUAUUUCAGCAAGAAACAUGGACUGAGACUAGGGGCUCUUUUGCAGCUGUGUAUACAUGUUCCCACAUACAGUACAGUUUGGGUACAAUGAUAAAAAAGCGUCAACGAGGAUAAAUACUUUUAUCAUGUCUCAUAAUGUGUCCACUCAAUACGUUUGUGCUUACUUCUUAGCUGGUGAGCUAUACUACAGCAGGUACAAAAGCACCUCCUGUGCUGUAGUGAUAAUUUUACUGAACUUAUGUGUUAAUGGAUGGUACAUUGCAUAUUUCUAGUAAGGUAUUGAGUUCAUAGAAUAGUACUGAGUUGUUGUGUUUAGACUAGAAGGGGAAUGUCAGAGGUGCUGACAGUGUUGUUAAUGUAGAAGAGGGGAUCUAGUCUUUGUUUGUUUGUGACACUCAUGUCUGAAUGGUAUCAGUGAAUCAUUGGGUCCUCUGAACCAAUCUGCUAAAACCAUCAGUGUAUCUGUUCUUUUUCUUGAAGGUUUGUGGCCCAUUUCAGUUAAAAAGGCUGUAUACCACGCCCCUUUAGCCCCUUGGAGAACGGAGGGGCAGUUUGGCUCCUUGGGUAAACACUUAGGGAGGGAACAUGCACUGUUGACAGCUGUGUUGUGUCUCACCACCCCCUUAUGUUGUAUAAGUACUGAUGAUUCUCUGAGCUACCUUUUGUGAACUCUGCUUCCACUCUCCUUGUAAGUAAUAAAACUGAUAAUUGUGCCAAGAGGAUUGUCUCUGUACCUACUUCCAAAUAGGUUCUAUUCGAUGGAAUUGCUGUCCCACUUCACACUGGCCAUGACUUCAGGACAGAUGGGAAAAACUGAAAACUGGUACCAAGAAUAGAUUGAGAAUCCAUCCGAGAAGGUGUUGCAUACUACAUUCAGAAAAAAAAACCAAAGUGAACAUGUCAAAAACAAACAUAAUCAAAGACAUAAAAUGUGCAACACAGUCACCUUUGUGAAGGAAUUAUAACCCAUAUAAUAAGGGACUUAAAACUGAGAACCAUGUUGUUUUGCUGCUGAAUGUGAAUCAAAGGGAUGAAGUGUGUGAUUGUCAUGGACCAUCAGGGAAAUGCUCUUACCCAAAUACACAGAUGACAGCUCUUUCAAUCUCUAUGCUGAAAAAAUAUCUUGGUUC